AACUCGAGUUUUUAGUUGAGAAAGUCAGUUCAUACAAGAUGGCCGCCCGGGUCACAUCGGGGUUCUAUCAGCUAACGCUUAUAUUACAUUUAUUCUUAUUUAUUAAUUUUAAUAAUGGUGAAAAUAGUUACGAAAAUCCAAGAACACUAUAUGUCACCGAUAAUGACCAAUCAUUACGUCAAAAAAGGUCUUUUAUUAUCGAUAAAAAUGAUUAUUUUGGUGAUGAUAAUGAUGAUGAGACUUUGGGACGAUUUCGUCGAAAUGUACCGCAAACUCCAACACCAUCAGGAUUUUCCAAUUCGUCAUCUAAUAUUACAGUCAAGUUAAACUUCUUAGAGGACCCACACCAGCAGUUGAUGGUCCAUUGGGUUGGAGAAAAAUCAAAUGUAAUAAUUUGCUUGGCGAGAGAUAACACAAGCCCACGUGAUAAACCAACGCAAAAAUUAAAUCCUAGCGCUGUUUACAUCAGCUACGACUACGGUGAUACCUUUGAAAAUAAAUCGGAAUUAUUUAAAAUAAAUUCAAAUCCGGUCGAAUAUGCUACGCUUGAUAAAUUUUACAAUCAUCCAAAAUUUAAUACCUAUUGUGUAUUUGCGGAUAGCGCGAACAGCGUUAUAUUUACAACAAACAACAAUGGUAAAACAAUUAAUAAAUCCAGUGUACCAUUUCAUCCAAGCGAAAUUCUAUUUUACGAAGAUAAUCCGCUGUAUUUUUUGGCCCUGGAUAAAAUUGAUCCGAGACGGACAUUGUGGAUGACAAGUGACUUGGGUAAAACAUGGUUACGUAUUCAUGAGUCAGUAAAAGCAUUUUACUGGUCUAAUUCCAGUCCUAAAACAAUUAUAAUCGUCCGUGAUGAAUUUAAAGGCAGCACGGUAGUAGAAUUAGAUCUUACAUUCGAUCAAAACCAGAGGCGAGAUUUGAGAUCUGUACUUAUAAAGAAUGUCGAAGACUUCCAGAUAAGAGGCGAUUACAUGUUUGCUACCAAGAAAUCUGUGGUAGAUCCGUCAGCUAAUGAAACAGCUCAGUCACUGGACUUGUAUGUUUCUUUUAAAAAUCAAACAUUCGUCAUGGCACAUUUUGACACAGAACUGGAAAGAAAACAAUAUCAUAUCGCAGAUGUUUCCAACAAUAGAAUAUUUGUUGCAGUUGCUCAUACCGAUACACUUAUAAAUCUUUAUAUUUCAGAGGUUGUUGACCACACAAUGGCCAGAUUCACAUUAUCGCUAAAAGGAAUUUUCACACAUUUCCCAAAUAGUACAUGGAAAGGCAGCUGGGUGAAUGAACUUGCCGAAGAAGCUUUCACUGAUCUAUAUAAAGUUGAGGGCUUACGAGGUAUUUAUAUCGUGUCACACAUCAAAGAAAACUUUAAAGGUAAUUCUGUUGGACCGGAAUAUCUGGAAUCUUUGAUAACUUUUGAUCACGGUGUUACCUGGAAUAAAAUAAAACCACCAGAGAAUGUUAAACAUGAGAAUGUACCGGAUUCAACUUGGUCAUUGCAUUUAAGUCAACGCUUCAGUCAAUUGUAUCCUGUAACUCGGUCAGUGACCAUCAUGAGUUCAAAGUCUGCUCCUGGGAUAAUAAUGGCGACAGGUGUACUAGGAUCAAGUUUGAAAGGUCAUCCAGCUCUGUAUGUGUCACGUGAUGCCGGUCUUACAUGGAAACAAGUACUCAAGGACUUCUACUUUUUCAAUAUGGGUGAUCAUGGUGGAGUUCUUGUUGCCGUUAAAUACUUCAAAACACGUGGAGAAACCCGAGACAUUUUGUACUCGAUCGAUGAAGGAGCAACAUGGCAAACUCAGCAGUUUAACGAAGAAAUGCUUCGGGUUUAUGGUUUGAUGACUGAGCCCGGUGAGAAUACAACUGUUUUCACGAUGUUUGGAUCUACUCCCGGGUUACAUAAAUGGCUCAUUAUUAAAGUCGAUUUACGCAAUGCAUUCGAAAAAGAAUGUAAAGAUGACGAUUUUAAAUUUUGGUCACCAGUUAGCUCUGAUCAACCUGGAAUGUCUUGUAUAUUGGGACGUCGAGAAGUUUACAAACGACGUGCUGCAUCUGUUAAAUGUUAUACAGGUAUCGACUAUGACAGACCAACAAGCUUUGAAAUCUGUCCAUGUGAUUUUCAAGAUUAUCAGUGUGAUUACGGAUUUAUCAAAAGCGGCAGUCCUGCUCACUGUAUUAAAAAUAAUGCUUUGGUACAUUACGAUCCAUACAAAGUACCAUCUUCAUGUUUUCCUGGAAAAUUUUACAACAGAACUAAAGGAUACCGUAAAAUUCCGGAUGAUGAUUGUUCCGGAGGUUACGCUAAAAAAUUUGAGCCUGAUGAAAUACCUUGUCCGAUUGUUGAACCACAGGAAUUUCUUUUGGUUGCUCAGCGAGAACACAUCUCUCGUAUUGACAUUAGAUCUCACAGUUUGGAAGUUCUACCGGUUCAUGAUUUGAAAAAUGUCAUUGCUAUUGAAUAUGACGUUAAAAACAAUUGUUUAUACUGGGCUGAUAUAGUAAAUGAUACUAUUGGAAGACAAUGCUUCAAAGAUGGUACGAGUUAUCCUGAAAUACUUGUUGAGACUGAUUUGAGUUCAGUAGAAGGUAUGGCUUAUGACUGGGUCUCAAAAGUACUUUAUUUUGUUGACGGUGUUAAAAUGCGAAUACAAAUAAUCCGGACGGAUUUGACAAUGGCUGGCAGAAUGCGACGUACUAUAUUGGGAUCUAACAAUUUACAAAAACCACGUGGAAUCGCAGUACAUCCCAUGAUGGGUUACAUGUUUUGGACAGAUUGGGCUCCUGGUAAUGCAUCAGUAUCUCGUGCUAACUUGGAUGGUACUGAUAUCAAACGGUUGUUUACAAAAGGCACUGUAGAAUGGCCAAACGGUAUUUGUAUUGAUUUUAUCGCUGAAAGAAUUUACUGGGUAGACGCACGAGAAGAUUAUAUAGGAUCAUCAGAUUACGAUGGCAAAAGAUUUAAAAAAGUAAUCACCACCGAUGACAGAGUUUCGCAUCCAUUCGCUGUUGCUGUAUUUAAAGAAAACAUGUAUUGGGAUGACUGGAAGCAAUCGAUGAUUUUUGUUGCGGAUAAAGACCAUGGUGCUGGUAUAACAACUCCUUUAGGUACACUAUCUGGAUUGAUGGAUUUAAAAAUAUUUGCCCACAGCGUCCAAACUGGAACAAAUAAAUGCGAAAAUAGCACAUGCUCACAUCUGUGUCUCGGUGCUCCGAAUGAUGGAUUUGUUUGUCUUUGUCCCGACGGUAUGGUAAUGACUGACGGUAAAUGCAUGUGUCCCGGUGGUAUUAAACCAUUCGCUAACUCAACAUGUCCACGUGUUGCUAGCACAUGUGCAUCAAAUCAAUUUGCAUGUGGAAAUGGCGUUUGUAUUUCUGAAUUCUGGAAAUGCGAUGGUGACAACGAUUGUGGUGAUAAUUCUGAUGAAGUUAAUUGUAAAAAAGCAACUUGCAGUCCAAAUAACUUUGAAUGUGAUGACGACAAAUGUAUACCACGAUUCUGGAUGUGUGAUCUCGAUAAAGAUUGCAAUGACGGCAGAGAUGAACUCAAUUGUACUUAUUUGAAUUGCACCGACACACAAUUCAAAUGUGAUAAUGGUCGUUGUAUUUCUCACAGGUGGCAAUGCGAUGGUGAGGAUGAUUGUCGUGAUGGAUCGGACGAGCGACACUGUAACAAGAGUGCCGUACCAAACACAUGCAAAACUGAUGAAAUUGCUUGCUCAGAUAACACUUGCGUACCAAAGACUUGGGAAUGCGACGGUGAAAAUGAUUGUGACGACGGUACUGAUGAAAAAGAAUGUGCGAGUCGAGGUUGUCAUGAUUGGCAGUUUGCUUGCAAUACAACAGAAGAUGGCCAUACAGCUCACAAGUGCAUUUACAAGUCAUGGCUUUGUGAUGGUGAUAGAGAUUGUCACGAUGGAUCUGAUGAAGAUCAUUGCCCAUCACCGCCACCUGAGCCACCUACACCCUCAGCACUUCCGACAAAUACCUGCAACGACUGGAUGUUUAGGUGCAAUAACACCAAAUGUGUACCAUAUUGGUGGAAAUGCGACAGCGUUGACGACUGCGGUGACGCAUCUGACGAACUUGGUUGCGGAGUACCACCUGAUGAACCAGAAACACCUUACAUCACCGAGUCACCAAAACUUCCUCGUAUUUGCAGAGAUAAUCAGUUCCAGUGUUACGAUGGACAGUGUAUUGACGACUCCUGGAUUUGUGAUGGCACACCGGAUUGUAAAUUGGGCGAAGAUGAGUUACGUUGUGAUCAUACACGUACAGGUUGCCGUCCUGAUCAGUUUAUGUGUCGAACAGAUGGCAGCUGUAUACCACUGACAAAUAUUUGUAAUGGAGUUCUCGACUGUCCUGACCGCAGUGAUGAGGCUAGCUGUGACAUUCAUCAGACAGAGCCACCGACAACUUUCUGCCAAACCGGUUCUUUCCUUUGCGAUGAAAAUAAAUGUAUUCCAUUGGCUUUCUAUUGUGAUGGUAAACAUGAUUGUGUUGAUGGAUUUGAUGAAUUACACUGUGACAAAAAUAAUUCUCGAGUGUACCAAGUUAUGGUACUUGAAUUCGACGAGAGAUUGACAAAUGCUACUAGUUUGUAUCUUAACUGGCACAAACCAAUUCCAUCAAACACAACACUUGAAUUUUUACCCUCGUUAGCUAAAGUCGAACCUAACGCCAAGUGGAUAAAUGCUACUGGUUGGAUAAAAGAUAAUAGGUAUCAAUUUAACAAUCUUGAGCCUUACACACCUUACAAUUUGACUGUUUACGUCAGACAAGAGGGUCAGACUACUGUUUAUCCUCCAUUUAAAUAUUGGAUCAUAAAAACCGAUCAAGGAAUACCAUCAGAGCCUUGGAAUGUCACAGUUGUUCAGAAGAAUGGUACUCGUGUUGAGCUUUCAUGGCGACCACCUCAACAUCCAAAUGGUAUAAUUACUGGGUACGAAGCUUAUGUAACGCCACCAAUUCCACCAGCACCGUUCCCUCUUCAAAAGACUUCCUACACUUUUGAUCUACCAUUCGAGCCUAACAAGACCUAUUCAUUCUGGGUAAUUGCUAAAAAUCGUAAGUACGAUUCUAAACCUUCAGCAGUUGCAGAAUUGGUGUUUGAUGGUGCUGCUAAUAUCGACGAUAUUCAAUAUCUAAAAGUUAUAGAAACAACAAAUAAUUCUGUUCAUCUGACAUGGGCACCGUUGAAAGGUGUCGAUGGUUAUCAUAUCACGCCACGUGCACCUCCACCUUAUCCAUCUUAUCAUACAUUGAAUACAACACAAAAUGACUAUGUUGUUACUAAUUUAUCGCCGGGUACGCCCUAUACUUUCGAAGUAAAUGCGAUGAAAAAAUCUUAUAUUGGUAAAGUUGUUAUGAUAGCGGCUACAACAAAAGACACACCAUUACCAUCAGUACCUAAUCUUAAUGCAGAAUCGAAAAAACUCGAUGGAACGACUGUUAAACUCAGCUGGGAUCAACCAAAGAGUACAAGAAAAAUUAGAUGGCAGUACGCUAUUCACUAUGCAUUAAAUAUGCAAGAUCUAUUUAAGGACUAUAAAAUUUUGACUCCUAAUAAAUCCGCUUCGAUAAAAAAUCUUGAGGCUUGCGAAACAUACAUGUUUGCUGUAGGAGUUCGUGGUAAUGGAUAUGGAGCUGGACCUCUCAGCCAACCUGUACAAGUAGAUACGUAUUAUAAUGUCAAAGCACCACCAAAGCAAUUACGCGUUACUCCAGCACCUAAAACAACCGACUCAAUAAUUGUAUCAUGGAGUGCUAGUUGUAUGAAGAUUGACGAUCCUAUUAUUUACAGGCUUACUGUUACUGAAAUGACACUUAAUGAAAAGUCAACAGUUAUUCUACCACCGACAAACGAAACUGUGAUAAAACAUACAUUUACAGGUAUCAAGUACGGUGGUAAAUAUAAAAUAACAGUUGCGACAAAUGUUACUGAUGCUAUUGAGAGCCAGCCAGUUGUUUAUCAAGCAGCACCACUCACUCCACCUCAUCAAAUUCGUGUAGAGGCUAAAGAUGGGAAAUUUACAGUCUAUUGGGAAGAGCCAAUGAAUUCUGAUAAUAUGAAAAAUGACACAAAGCGUCAUUAUCAAGUACUGGUAAAUGAAAAUACCAGAGCAUUUAAUGAAUCAACAGCCAAAGUAUAUAAUGUCGAUCGACCGCCCUUUAUUUUCACGGAAGCUAAAGUUAAUUCAAUGUAUCUAUUUACUGUCAAAUUGAUUACUGAUAAAGGAUACCAGAGCGGAAUCAGUGAAAUUGUUGGAGUUCAAAUUCCAUUGACUGCAGAUUGGCCUGGAACAAUUAAUACAUCCAGUAUACUUUCAUUUGCCAUACCAAUUUGUUUAUUGAUAAUCGCAUUAGGAGUUGGAUUCGCGUAUUUCUUCGUGAGACACAGGCGGCUGUCUAAUAACUUUACGCUAUUUGCUAACAGUCAUUAUGACACGAGACGAGGUCAAGCUACUUUCCCGGGUACCACAGAUGCUCUAGAUGAAGAAGACAGUCCUGUGAUUCGCGGCUUUUCGGACGACGAGCCUCUGGUAAUAGCAUAAGUAAUUAUUAUAAUAAAUUUAAAAGUAUAUAUAUAUAUAUAAAUAUAUAUAAAUUUACAUUAAUUGUAAGAAAGACACUAUGAUUAUUGACUACUGUAAGUUUAGGUAAAUGAGAAAAAUGAAUAAUAAUUUAACUGCUGAUCAGGUACGCAUGAUUAUAUAACAAUAUUGAAAUCAAUUUAAAUAUCCUUUGCGCGAUGUUUUGUCGCCUUUUAUACGCUAUCUCAAUAAAAAUAAUAGACUAUUUCAUUUUUCAAUUACAGUUAUUUAAGUAUAUAAUUAUAAAUUAUCGGUGACAGAGCGUCGCGCGACGGUAGCUCUGUAUAUAUUUUAAUUUUCUCGUGAUAAAUAUUUUUUUCUUUAUCAUUUAAUAUUAUUGUUAUAAUUAUUAUAAAUAUUUAAAAUAGUUCUUGAUUCUUGAUUGCCAUAAUUAUCAUUAAAAGUACUAACGGUUAAUGAAUUGGUAUUAAAAUUGAGUAUUUAAAAUUACAUAAGGUAUUAGAUAUUUUUUUUUUUUUUUUCAUUAAAACUCACAUUUGUACUUCGUAAAAUUAAUUUUGGAGUCGACAAAAAAAAUUUACCGUCCGUAUUUACUUUGGUUGAACUAUUUAUUAUCAUAUCGAUUUUUUGAAUUAUAAAAAUGUAAAAUUACUUACAGACUUCAAUAUAUUUCAAAUAUAUAUUGUUUUUGAAAUGUAAUCGAUAAUUAUGGAAAAGUUAAAGAUGUUUGUUUUGUAAAAAGUAAAUUAAGAAAAUACCACAAUAAAAAAAUCAAAGGUGACAAAGAAAUUAUCUUGAUGUCAAUUUUUAUACUGAAAUAAAAAUAACUUAAGAAAAUUUAUUUGUAAAAUUAAUUGGGACUUGUUUUAAAAAUUUUUUCAUACGAUUUAUUAAUAGACUCAUUUUUUUUAUGUUUCUAUGACUGUAGAAUUUGUAUAAAGAAUAUACAAUAAUAUUGUCAAAUAAUAUUGUUAUGUUUAACAAACGUGAUUUUUUUAUUGAAUAUAUUAUGGAUAAAUUUUUUAUGUGAGAAUGUGAAAGAAAGUAAGCGUAAUAAUUAUAAAGGUAUUGUAGAGAGUAUGUGAAAUAAAGAGAACCAGUCAGUCGGAUUAAAAAAUUAUAACAAUUACAGCUUGUCUUUUAUCUAAGCAUAAUGUUUGUGAAAUUAAACAAAAAAAAAACCGGACGAUAAUCAUUAAUGUUUAAUUAUUAAUUUACUUUUGCACGCCAGAAAAUCUUGCCAUUUCAAUAAUGAGCAAUAUGACGUUUUAUUUUUCUUUAAUAAUAUUAAUUAAUAUUUUAUUUAUUAUAAUUAAGAUGUAAUGUCACCUAUUUCCGCUCAUUUUAAUUGAAACUAUCUCUGACUCCGAAAGUAUUUCCAAUAAGGUCUGAGAAUUUUUAAUUCACCCAAUUAAUUUAAUAAUUGUGAUUUGUUUUAGUGUGAUAUUACUUCUUAAUUAUCGUAAAGCUAAGAUUUUUCAUAUAUUUCUAUACAAAUCCGACUGUUUCGUAUAAAUAUUUAAAAGUCUGAAGAGCUUGCAGCAGUAACGAUUAUAAAUGUGAGGGUUAAAUCGAGAAGAAUUUUAAAGUAGAUAAUGAACUGACGCUAUUCCAAUAAGUGAAUAAAAUGAUUAUGAUUGUAGCCUGUAAAUCUUGCAAAGUUAUGAUAACAGUGAUUUAAUAUAUAUGCGUGUAAAUAAAUAAAGUUAAAUAAAAGCAACUAAAAUAA